GUUUUUCUGAUCAUCAACUACUACGACUAGACGCUUCCACUACAUCACCCUCGCUCGACACCCAAGUGACACGACUACACUCGACAGACGCAGCAGCCGCCGCCGCGCCGCCAACCACUAGUUAGCCACAAAUUUCCUUUUGUCUUGUGCUGGCUGCUGCAAGAGAAACGAACAGGUGGCUGCGCACGGCUCACCACCCAACCCACCCACCCACCCACCCCCUACUUCACUUUGGUCAACGCCGCAAUCGUUUGCUGAUCCACGCGCACACGCGCGUUAAACUCGACCCCGCGCCGACCGCUGUCUCUCCAUUGCUGCUGCUUACCCGACGCGCGCUGCACAACUUGGACUGGCCAACCUGCAUCUGCGGCCUUUUCAAAAGCCUCGACUUGCCAAGGUGGAUAUAGCCAUCACAAAGCAAAAGACAUCCAAUCUAGCCUCGCUCGACACAUCACCAUGUCCCUCUUUGGCCAGACAAAACGGCACAUUCCCCCCGGCCCAAGACGGUCACCGCUCCCCAUCUUCACUGGCGACAAUGAAAAGUUUGGCUUGUCGUCGCCCACGACGCCGACAUUUGGCGGUGGAUCGCGAUGGUACACCAUUGUCGUCCUCCCCAUCCCCCAUCUCCCCUUCCUGUCUCGCGACCAGCCAGGCAGCGGCUUGAGUAAUGGCCUAGGAGCACCCAGGUCAUAUUAUGCCCAGCCCCGACACACUCGCUUCGUACGCAUUCCAGUGCCCAUCCCACCAAAGAUUGUCGCUCGAAUCUCGAGGUUCCACCCCGUCAUCAAGCUCGCCCUGGCAGCCGCAAGCCUCAUCGGCCUCAUCUUCCUCCUCGUCGGCUUCAGAUCGCAGCCCAGCGGCCGCAGCGGUUGGAGCCCACCCUUCACCGACCCCAGCACGCUCGUCAUCACCCCCGAGGAAGCUGCAAAGAUCUGGGAGUGGGAGGUCCUUAGUGGUCAUCACCCGAGCGUUGCCGAUGUCCCCGCCAGCGUCCCUAUCGAGGCCGGCCUCGUCAACCCCAUCGUUCCGCAGGCGCUGCUCACUGCCAGGCAAACUACCGACAAGCCCGCUGCUCUGCAGCAGGCUCGGCUUCAGCAGGCUACACCUUCCAAUCACAAACUUGUCGGCAAGGGGCCCGAGCGCUCCUAUUUGAGCCCAUGGGACACGGUCCUUGAGAACCCAGGAUUUCCACCCCGUCCUCUACCCGGCUCGACCAUCGACCUGGACAUUAUCCUGCAGAAGUGCGACUUUGGAACCAACAAGUAUGUUCGGGACUGCCUCGAGCUUUUGCGUAUCGGCGGCAACUUGGACAAUGGCAAGCGCGUGAGGGAUGCGGCCCACCUCGCCUCGUUCAAGCAAUCGUUUAUCGAGAAGCCGUUCACUGUUCCCGACCUCACCGAUGAGUGGACUCCCGUCCCGCCUGCGACUAUCCCCCGCGAGCCCAACCUCUCGCGGACAGCCCUCAGCCUGGGCCCCCCUAUCCCAGUGUCUGAGCCAUUCAUCGAGCGCGACGACCCAUGCGACGCCGACCACCCUCGUCUGUUCCACAUGUUCUGGGCUGGACCCUUCAGUGACAAGCCGUACAUGGCCAUCAUGUCGUUCCUCUUCACCCAGAACCUCGGUCUUCACCGUCCCGCAUCAGACUCAAGCGAUGUCGUCCAGUCGACAUGUCGCUCGCAGUUCUGGGUCUGGAUCAACCCCGGUCCGGCUGCCGCUGUCCCCAACCCCUCGGCCAAGCGCGAAAUGUUUGAGCAGCUCGCCACCAACCCCUGGUCUGCGCCUUUCCUCCACGAGCGCUUCCGCGACGUCGUAAAGUUCAAGAUGUGGAACACUACCGAGCAGCUGGAUGGCGUCGCCGAGCUCCAGCCCUACUGGCGCAAGCUUUCCAUCUUCAACUCGGGCGGCAAUGUGUACAAGGAGUCCAAGUCCAAGAAGUCGACAACAGCCAAGGAGACCUCCAAGGUUGAUGGCGACGACGAAGACGUCGAGGUCGAGGUCGACACCAAGACCAAGAAGGAUGGCCUUUUCGAGAAAGUUGGCUCAACCUCAGAGUCGGACUAUGACCGUCUCUCUGUCAUCCUCUCCGACCUGGCCCGUUUCGUGGUUACCCACCGCUUCGGCGGCAUCUACCUCGAUGCCGACACUCUCUUCCUGCGUGACUGGGAGGAGCUCUGGAACUACCGUGGCCAGUUUGCUUACCGAUGGAGUUGGCACACAAAGUACAACACGGCUGUUCUCAAGCUGCACAAGCACUCGGCUCUCAGCUCCUUCCUCUUCAAGACGGCCCUGGAGAAUGGUCUCGACUUCCACCCCAUGACUGUCACGAGAUAUCUCCAGGACGCUGGUCUCGACAGGCUCUUGUUCCGCAUUCCCGACGCCCUCUUUGACCCGGCGUGGAUCAACAUGGAGCGCUACCAACGUGACAGGCCGCCAUUCCCCUACUUCCCAGAGUUCUCCUACUUCUUCUCCAACGACAAGUUUGAGACUGCUGGCCCAGAACAGCUCGGGUUCGAUGGCUUCUUCAAGGGCGCGUUCUCGUACCACUUCCACAACUUUUGGUGGCUGCCCUUCGACCCCUCCCGCAACUGGCCCGACCUUGGUCCUAGGUUCUCCAAGGGUGAUGCCGUGCUCCGUGAGGCACAAAGACAGGCUGCGCUCUCUUCGCGGGAGGCGGCAAAGAGCCAGCGCUCAGUCAGGUCUUCCCGUGGUGAGGAGGUUGCCGAGGGCGAUGACGAGCCGGCAGAUCUCUUGGCCGACCAGGCCGACUUGAGCUGGUCGACUGUUCUCAAGAGGACAUUUGAGGCCUACUUGCGUGGGGAGCGCCCCAACAUGUACGGCGAGUGGAUCAAGUGGUAGAAGGGGGGUAGAGGCGGAG